UUCCAGGGUCUUGUGCUCGGUCUGUGCUCCCCCUCGCUCCGUGGGGAAAGAAGAAAAUAAACGUAUUGCUGCUAACCAGGCUAGCUAUGGAACCAAACCCUAAAUACUCCUUGUGCCAUCUGUGACUGGCUAAGAGGCGCUUGCCCUGCACACGGCGUUUCUUCCUGGGAGAAAAGCACCUGAAGCGUUUGUAUUUUCGGUCCGACUCUUCUUUAAAAGUCAAGUUGAAGACGCCAGUCAAGAGAGGAUUUCAUUAGCUAGCCUAUCUGCGUGCUAGCUAACUGGGCUAACCGUAGCCUAGCAAAGGAGCACUGGAUGAAGUUCGCAUGGAGUGACUGCUGCGAAUGGGAUAGUAGCCUGCUGUCUGCCUGCAAGCAUUCUUUUAAGCUGGGUCCUUCACAUGGAAGUCUGUUGUUACUUCAUGGACACUCUUGACCUGGAGCUUGAAGGCGAUAACUGUUUGUAAAUGUUGUUUUUGUGAGUUGCGCCAUCACAUUAUUGAUCGGGAAAUCCACUCGCAAGCUAACAGGAUAUUAGCCACCUUCUCGCCACUCCGCUUUGUGGUUGUAGGCCAUGGACUGAAAAGCAUUCAUCACUGCUUAAGUGAUGAGAAGGCAGGCUUGAUGGCAGCUAAUUAUUUAUUGGGAGGCAGCAAUUGGAUGCAGUUAAAGAGACAAAACAUGCGUUUGCUUUGAACGUUGUCCCCGAACAAUUAAACCCGUUUGAUCUUUUUUCUUUUUUACUUGAAAAUGCAUCGGAGUGCUGGAGCUUUUACUAAGUUGGGAUAAAGGAGACGCACAAGAAAACAGCGGGAUUACAACUCCAUUGCUGAUAAAGGUCCUCCAGAUAAAUUACUCCAGAUAGUUUUAAAAGAGGUGAAAUAUAAUGUCUUCCGGCAAAGAAAACCCUUGUAGGAAAUUUCAGGCGAACUUCUUCAACAAAAGUAAAUGUCAAAACUGCUUCAAACCACGGGAGCUGCAUCUAUUGACUGACCAGGAUUUGACCCAGGCUAAACCUAUUUAUGGUGGAUGGCUGUGUUUGGCCCCUGAGGGAACUGACUUUGACAAUCCUAUGCAGAGGUCCCGGAAGUGGCAACGGAGAUUCUUCGUGCUGUACGAACAUGGCUGUCUGCGCUUUGCUCUGGAUGAAUCACCAAGCACAUUGCCUCAGGGCACAGUGAACAUGAACCUCUGUACAGAUGUCAUUGACGCAGAACCCAAGACAGGCCAGAAGAACUCCCUGUGCAUUAUAACCCCCGACCAGGAGUACUUCAUCAGAGGAGAGAAUAAAGAGAUUAUCAAUGGUUGGAGUGAACAGCUGGUUGUAUACCCCCGAACCAAUAAACAGAACCAGAAGAAGAAACGCAAAGUGGAGCCCGCGACCUCGCUGGAGCCAGGUCCAGCCAAGGUAGCAGUGACUGGCUCUGGUAUCCCUGAAGCAGAGAAGGUUCCAGACUCCAGCUCCAUCAUCUGGCAGGAGGAGCUGAACCAGAGGGAGGCUGAGGGGGCAGCAGUCUGGACUCCUGCUGACCUACCGCCAGGAUCACUGCUACCCCCUGCAGGUGAUUGUGCGUCUGUGGGUCAGGGCUCUGAUGCGGGCUCAGUAAAUGGCGACGAGGCGGACCGUGGCAGUCUGGCACUGCACGGCUCUGCCCCCCAGCCCCCCAGCGACCUGCUUUCCCCAACAGGCUCCUGCUCCAGCCUGGGAGGAGUCCCGCGCUGCCUCUCCCCAGCCCCCAGCGACCCCUUCCCCUCUGGCAGCUCCCUGCUCUCCAACGGCUCCCAUAUCAGCGGCUCGGUCAGCUCUCUGGACUCGGAUGCUAGUGGCAGCACGGUGACCAGCACCGACAGCCACCCAGCCAACCAGAGAGGCGGUCACUCAUACAGCCACCAUGACACGCCACGAUCCCGGCGGCUGGAGGCCGAGGCCAGAAAGGCAGAGAGGAGGAGCCGGUUCAGAAGCCCUGACAGACAGGAGAGAGAGGCCGUCCUCAGCCCCGAGAGGAGUCGCUCCGGUGUUAUUGAGAAGUUGGAGGCCUUGGAGUUAGAGAAUCCAGAGAAAAUGGAGGUGGAAGAGUCGAGAAGAAGUGGAGGCAGACAGGGCCGAAGUGAGCACAGACGCUUCCAUAGAGAGGAGCAGAGGCGCGAUGUGGGUCAGGGUCUGGACUUUCCCUCCACACUGCCCCCUCUGAGGAGAGCCAAGUCCCUGGACCGAAGGACCACUGAGUCAGUCAUGACGCCGGAUUUGCUGAACUUCAAGAAAGGCUGGAUGGUGAAGCUGGAUGAGCAAGGCCAGUGGAAGAAGUACUGGUUUGUGUUGACGGAUCACAGCCUGAGAUACUACAAGGAUUCAAUAGCAGAGGAGGCCUCUGACCUGGAUGGUGAGAUUGACCUGUCCACCUGCUAUAAUGUAACUGAAUACCAGGCUCAACGCAACUACGGUUUUCAGAUUCAUACCCAGGAAGGAGUGCACACUUUGUCGGCCAUGACAGCAGGCAUACGCAGGAACUGGAUCCAGGCAGUCAUGAAAAACGUCAGACCCUCCACUGCUCCUGAUGUAGCAAGUUCAACUGAGGAUCACAGUUCCUUCUCUGCUUUGGAGGGUCUAGUUAGGCCAGAUGUCACUCAGGACUCUCCGUCGUCUGAGGCCUCGUCUGCGGAGAGAGAAUCUACUCCAGGUGGCAUAAAGAGCCGAGCGCGUGAACGCAGGCGAGAAGGCCGCUCUAAGACCUUUGACUGGGCGGAGUUCAGGCCCAUUGCCCAGGCUCUGGCUCAGCAACGGGCACAGGAGGCCAAGAGCCUCCAGGCUGACAUGGGAGAGCUUGAACGCAACCGGAGAAGAGAGGAGAGACGGAAGAGGUAUGAGUUUGUGACGGGCUCAGAGAACACAUCCGAAAAAGGAGGAGGGAGAACAGACUAUGAGAGUGAGGAGGGAGUUGGACACACAGAUUCAUUAGGUCCAGCGUCUUUGGAGAGGCAGCAGAUGGUGGAGGAGGUGAUUGAAGAACACUGGCGACAAGUAGAGAAGACGCCCAUACGGGAGGAGAGGAGAGUACCUCUGCCAACCACAGUGCAAUCCACAGAGACUGCAGAGCUUGAGCAGCUCCUGGAGAAUUACAAGCAGGGGAUAGAGGACCUGAAGGCCCAGUUGGAGAGCUGUCACCAGCAGCUCCUCGACUCAAACAAGCACAAGCAGGAGCUGGAGCUCCAACUGAGAACAGCUCUGGAGAGAGACCAGGACAUCCGAUCUGGUUACAUCUCUCCGCUGGAGCACCCUUUGGGUCUGGAGGCUGAUGUGACGCCCCAGAUGAAGAGGCCUGAACUGGUUAGUUCUCAAGCACAGAGUUUAACAAAGAAGUAUCGGGAGACCAAAGAACUCCUGAAACUGCAAGAGCUGAAAAAGCGCAAUAUGCAGGCACAGCUUGGCCUCUCGCUUUCUCACCUCCCCAUCAAGGAGUCUUGCUUUUCUGAACCCCCAAAAACAUCCAUCCUGGAAGGCAGUCCCCCUGAGCUUGUCCAAAGAACUGUUAACUUCUUACUCAUGGACAGCACAGAAGCGAUUCAAGAACUAGAAGACUUGAUAUCUGGUAAACCUCUCACUCUAAAAGAGCUGGGGAAAGUGUUGAGAUUCCAUAGUUGUAAUCAAGAGACAACAGAGAAGCAUCAACUUCAGAUGCUCCUGGAGACCUGGAAGUACCAGCAAGAGAUAGAAAAUGAAAUAAUAAAAAACAGUUUAGCCAAAGCAGGAGAGAGCAUCCGCAAAUACGAAGCCCGUCUUCUGACCAUUGAGGAUAUAGUGGGAAAGGUUCAGAAACAAAGUUUGGAAAACCUAAAGAGCCCUUAUGGUCCCCUGUCCAAAACUGAAAACCACUCACAAACAAGUGAUGUGACCUUUGGGAUGCUCUCUCAGAGGGUCGAACUUUUAACAAGUGAAAAUGGAGCAUUGAAACAACGGUGUCAGGAGAUAGUAAACCAGCUAACCGAGGCUGACAGAGAAAUAGACAGAUUGAAAGCCGAACUCAUCAGUCAGCAGAGUGGCAAACAGCAUCAUCUUGUCAUGGAAGAGCUGAAAAGAGUGAAAGCUGAACUUGCUGAAAACCAAGCUAAUGCCAUAGAUAGAGAGUAUUAUGAGAGGGAGCUCAAUGAGAAAUCCCAGAGGCUUCAUGAAGCACUGGUUACCUUGGAGGAGCUUGGCAACACCCUAAAAGACACAGAAAACAAGCUCCAGUUGAAAGAAGCCACACUCAAAGGCCUGGGCUUUCAGGCAGAUUAUGAAGAUGAGGAAUUACACCCGGAGAAAGACCAACUUCAAGAGCUACUUGAAACCACACAAGCACAGUUGAUUGAGAGGGAGGCCAGCCUUGAGUCUACAGAGCAGCACUGCAGGGAACUAGAAGCUAGGAAUAGUGAACUAGUUUCACUAAACCAGGAAUCUGAGAAAGUCAGCAGAGAGAAACUAGCAGAAGCAGAAAAUGAAAUAAGGAUGCUACAAGAAAAGUUAGAAAUGAAGACGGGUAGAGAUGAAAAGAAUGUCGCUGAGUGUGUUGAGGCAGGAGAGAGGCAGGUUGAUGACAAAGGACUUUUAAAGCAAGUAGCAGAAGAGUUUGAGAUGAGGUCUGAGGCGAUAAAUCAGGUUGUAGAGAUGUUAGCAAAGGUAGAUGUUAGUGUAGAAGGAAUGCUUCGUGAUUUGAAAAGCACUUUAUUUGGUUCUUCAAAAGAAGAGCCACUUUGUGUGAGUGGAAAAGACAUGAGACUGUUGUUAGCAGGGGAGUUCUGGAGCCAGCUGUUGGGCGUCAUUAAAGUUAAACCAGAAGAAAACAGACAGAACUGUGAAAGAGGGGUGGUAGAGCAGAUGAUGGCACAGAAGAGCUUGAUGCUUUUGAUUGGAAGGAUUUGUCCACAGGCUGACACUGAGGCUGAAGUAGUGACAGAUUUAAUGUCAAUGUAUAGCUGGCUUGAUGAUGAAACAAAUGCUCUGAUUCUUAAAGAGUUGAAAGAGACCUUGGAGGCAAAGUCACAUAGUUUGAAGCAGAUUGCCUCCACUUUAAAGCUGGACAAAGACGACAAACUCCGGUCUUUGGCCCUCGCAAGCUUUGGUCUUGAUCGAACACAGAAACAGUCUUCAGAAUAUCUGCUUGAAUCUCUCAAAGAAGCUUGCACAUCUUAUGUUAUCAUUAGGCUCAAAGUUCAGCAUGAAAAAGAGCUGAAACCAGAAGUACAGAUGAGUAGCUUGUACUGUCCAAAUUGUCCUAAACUGAGAGAAGUUGCCAGCGAUCUCCAGUCCAAACUGGCAGAUCUUCAGAAUCAACUAUAUGAGGCGUCUCUGAAAACUGCCGCAAGGCAACAAACUUUGAUCCAGGUUGAAGGAGAGCCCAUAGACUCAGUGGAUAAAACCACUGAGCUUCAUGACAUGAUAGCCAGGCACAAGAAGGAGCUACGAGACGUCAAGGACAGCUAUGAGCAGGAAGCUGAAAAGUUAAGGCAGGAAAUGGCAAAAGCCAGCGAGACACUCCGCCUCCGUUCAGAAGAAAAUGUGAAGGAGAUCGAUUCCUUAACGAACUGCAUGGAGAACCUAAAGAAGAAGCAUGAGCUGGAGAGGCAGAGCCUCAUCCAGAGGUUUGACCGGGAGAUGGAAGAGCUGAGAAGCAUGAUGACUCUGUCAAAUCAAGACAGGAACGGGACAGAUGAGGACACACCAGCACAGCAUGCCUCUGCCCAAACUUCAACCCUGAAGGAGCGCAUUCAAGAGCUGGUGACCCAAGUCUCAGUGAUGACCGAAGAGAUGAGACGACGCGAAGAGCAGGGCGACAUCACCACUCUGCGGCUGAAAUACGAGAAAGACCUGGAAAACCUGAAGGCCACCUGUGAGAGGGGCUUUGCCGCCAUGGAGGAGUCUCAUCAGAAGGUGAUAGAUGAGCUGCAGAGGAAACACCAGAGAGAGCUAGAGAACCUACAGGAGGAGAAAGACAGGCUGCUGGCAGAGGAGACAGCGGCCACCAUCGCUGCAAUUGAAGCAAUGAAAAACGCCCACCGGACAGAGCUGGAGAAAGAGCUAGACAAGGCUCGCAAGGCCAACAACAAUGCAGAGAAUGCAGAUAUGGAGGAGAUCCGCAGACAGCAUGAGGAGGAGCUGUGCUCCUUCCAGCGGGAGAUUGAGGUGUUGUCGGAGCAGUAUUCCCAGAAGUGCCUGGAAAACGCCCACCUGGCCCAGGCGCUGGAGGCCGAGAGGCAGGCCCUCCGGCAGUGUCAGAGGGAGAACCAGGAGCUCAACGCACACAACCAGGAGCUGAACAACCGUCUGGCAGCAGAGAUCACCAAGAUGCGCUCGAUGACGUCUGAGGAUGGAGUGGGAGACACAAAUAACACAAUACAGGGAAAAGAGCUCUAUGAAUUAGAAGUAAUGCUGAGGGUAAAGGAGUCAGAGGUCCAGUACCUAAAGCAGGAAAUCAACUCCCUCAAAGACGAACUCCAAGCCGCCCAAAGAGACAAGAAAUAUGCAACAGAUAAGUAUAAGGACAUCUACACGGAGCUGAGCAUCGUCAAGGCCAAAGCAGAGCGGGAUCUGGGCCGACUCAGAGACCAGCUGCAGCUGGCUCACGAGGCACUCGGGGAACCGUCACUGGAGGAAGUAGAACGGGGGGGAUAUGAUAUCAUGAAGUCCAAAAGCAACCCUGACAUCCUCAAGAUGGCAGCUGCGGCAGCCAAACGCUCAGAGCGCACCAUGAGGUCAAAGUCUGUGAGUCGUGACAUGUCCUGGGACAGUUAGGGCUGCUGAGGACGUGUAGGCCUCCUUCCCCCUUUCUAUUAGAGUUUGAAGGAAGGGCUGACGGCGGAGCAGAGACUUCACCUGUUUGAAAAUAAAGACACUAAGGAGUUCUGACAGUGACAUGUAAUGUCUACCUACCUUGCUGCAUGUUUAGAAGCCCACUAUAUUUUAGCUCUGUAAUUACUUAUUUAGUAACAAUACACACUGGUCACCAAACACAGAUCAUAUGUUAUUAAAAAAACAUGGUAUGAAGUUUGAAUUUCAUGUCUAGAGUUUGCAUUCCAUGCACUUCAGUUAACUGUGACAUUUUUUGUAUCGUUGAUUUUUUUCUGCCAUGUCUUACUGUAAAUACUAUUUUUAAAUGAGCAUCUGUCAUAUAUACACUAAAACUAUGACCGUGUAAGCUACUGUUUUAACUCUCUAGACUGUUGCUAGCCAAAGCAUAAAUGUUAUGUUCAAUGGCUAAACACACUACAUAUUGGUGAAUAAUACUUGCAUAACAAAACCAUAAUAACUAGUCUGGCGGUCGGUCUGCACGUUAACGCUCCUCCACUCCGUUGUCAUUCCAGCACUGAUGGAAGUGUUACUCAGUAAACAAGCUAUGGAAGAAAAAUGCUUGUCUGCAGUAGAAAACAAGUCCUUGCCCAUGUUGUUUCAUCGCUUCACUUCCAAAUUAACAUCAAAGAUGUUCUCUGCAGUGCUUGGAAAAAAUCUGAGACCCGUGGAAGGUGGCAGCUGAAUGCAUAUAGCUGGAUUCCCCGACUAUAAAUAAAUAAAUAAACAUAUAUAUAUAUAUAUAUAUAUAUAUAUAUAUAUAUAUAUAUAUAUAUAUAUAUAUAUAUAUAUAUAUAUAUAUAUAUAUAUAUAUAUAUAUGAAAAUUUAGAGUUUUUUUUUCUUACUGCAAUCAUUGGUCCAGCUGUUUAGGAGUUGGUGGAGUUGGUUUAUGUUUGUAGUCUUUUUCAGUGGCAGUCCUUUUGUAUUUAUUUAAAUGGUUGGGAUUUUUCUUUCGCAUUCCCAUUCCUCUCUACUCCUAUUGUAAAUAUAAAGCAAAUAUACACCAACUGACUACAGGUUUAUUAGCAAUAAAUAUUUUUGCACCCUUUGCGUCUA